CCCGGAACCCCCGACCGCCCACAAGACUCCACCUGGCCUGCCCAAGCACCUUGCUGCUGUGCCGUCGCCCUCGCCUCGCUGCGAUCCCGGCGUCCUGCCGCCGUGCGCCUCCGCGCAGUCCGCCCUUCGUCCUCCCGGAGCCCGCCCCACCGCCGCGCUGCACGACCGUAGUGCGCCCUCUGCCCUCACCGGGACAGGGGGUCCCGCCGCCGUUAUGCUGCCGGUCAUCUAUACUGCUUUGGCGGGACUGCUACUCCUGCCGCUGCUGCUAAACCUCUGCUGUCCCUACUUCUUCCAGGACAUGGGAUACUUCCUGCGGGUGGCCGGCGUGGCCCGGCGGGUGCGCAGCUACGGGCAACGGCGGCCGGUCCGCACCAUCCUGCGGAUAUUCCUGGAGAAAGCGCAGCAGUCCCCACACAAGCCUUUUCUACUCUUCGGCGAUGAGACGCUCACUUACGCGCAGGUGGACCGGCGCAGCAACCAGGUGGCCCGAGCACUACGCGACCACCUCGGCCUGCGCCAGGGAGACUCCGUGGCACUCUUUAUGGGCAACCAGCCGGCCUACGUGUGGCUGUGGCUGGGGUUGGUUAAGUUGGGCUGUGCCAUGGCGUGCCUUAACUACAACAUCCGCGCGAAGUCCCUGUUGCACUGCUUCCAGUGCUGCGGCGCGAAGGUGCUGCUGGUCUCGCCAGAACUACAAGCAGCUGUUGAAGAGGUGCUGCCAAGUCUGAAGAAAGAUGAUGUGUCCAUCUAUUAUGUGAGCAGAACUUCCAACACGGAUGGGAUUGACUCUUUACUGGAUAAAGUGGACGAAGUGUCAGCUGACCCUAUCCCAGAGUCUUGGAGGUCUGAAGUCACUUUUUCCACUCCUGCCUUAUACAUUUAUACCUCAGGAACCACAGGUCUCCCAAAAGCAGCAGUGAUCAAUCAUCACCGCAUAUGGUAUGGAACCGGCCUUGCUGUAGCAAGUGGGAUUAAGGAAGAUGAUAUCAUCUAUACCACUCUGCCCUUAUACCACAGUGCUGCGCUUAUGAUAGGAUUACAUGGAUGUAUCCUGAAAGGUGCUACUCUUGCUUUACGGACCAAAUUUUCAGCCAGCCAAUUUUGGGAUGAUUGUAGAAAAUACAAUGUCACUGUCAUUCAGUAUAUUGGUGAACUGCUUCGGUAUUUAUGCAACUCACCCCAGAAACCAAAUGAUCGAGAUCAUAAAGUGAGAUUGGCAAUUGGAAACGGCUUACGAGGAGAUGUUUGGAGAGAAUUCAUCAGGAGAUUUGGGGACAUUCAUAUUUACGAGUUCUAUGCUGCCACUGAAGGAAACAUUGGAUUUGUGAAUUAUACAAGAAAAGUUGGUGCUAUUGGAAGAGUAAACUAUCUACAAAAAAAAGUCAUAAAUUAUUAUCUGAUUAAAUAUGAUGUGGAGAAAGAUGAACCUGUCAGAGAUGGAAAUGGAUAUUGCAUCAAAGUUCCCAGAGGUGAAGUCGGACUCCUAAUUUGCAGAAUUACACAACUUACACCAUUUAGUGGCUAUGCUGGAAGAAAGACUCAGACAGAGAAGAAAAAACUGAGAGAUGUCUUUAAGAAAGGAGACCUCUAUUUCAACAGUGGAGAUCUCCUAAUGAUUGACCAUGAAAAUUUCAUCUACUUCCAUGACAGAGUUGGAGAUACAUUCCGGUGGAAAGGGGAAAAUGUGGCUACCACUGAAGUCGCUGACAUAGUAGGACUGGUUGAUUUUGUACAAGAAGUGAAUGUUUAUGGAGUGCCUGUUCCAGGUCAUGAAGGUCGAAUUGGCAUGGCCUCAAUCAAGAUGAAAGAAGAUCAUGAAUUUGAUGGAAAGAAACUCUUUAAGCACAUUGCUGAUUACCUACCCACUUAUGCAAGACCCCGGUUUAUAAGGAUACAGGACACCAUUGAGAUCACUGGAACUUUCAAACAUCGCAAAGUGACCCUUGUGGAAGAGGGCUUUAACCCUUCAGUCAUCAAAGAUGCCUUGUAUUUCUUGGAUGACCAAGCAAAAAUGUAUGUGCCUAUGACUGAGGACAUUUACAACGCCAUAAAUGAUAAAACUCUGAAACUCUGAAUACUCCCAGGAGGACAGCUCAUUCCCAGAAAGAAACUGAAUGGGCCUAGUACAGCUACUGGAUAUAAUCCAACUUAAAUUUGAUUGACAAUUGUGAGGUACAGUUUUUCUUAGGAAAUUAUGCCUAUGGGUAAGGGAAGUUUUUGUUUGUUUUUAAUUACACCUGGAGUUUCGCAAAUGAAAAGAUUUAGAGAUAAUUAUUUUUCAAUUUGCACCUACUGUUUGUAUUUGCCCACUGGGCAUGUUGGAGGGGGGGCAUUAUUUUAAAAAACAUGUAAUAAAAUAGAUGAACACCAACAUAUGAGAUAGCA